AUGAUAUAUAAAUUUAUGUAUGGAUACAGGGGAAGUUUAUAUGGCCUUAUUCAUCGUCCUUCUGGUGGAGAGGCAUUGGACCAAAGGAGGAGACUUCGCAUGGCUCUGGAUGUGGCCAAGGGUAUUAACUAUCUCCAUUGCCUUAAACCUCCUAUAGUACACUGGGAUCUCAAAUCUCCAAAUCUACUUGUUGAUAAGAACUGGAGCAUCAAGGUAUGUGAUUUUGGGUUGUCGAGAUUCAAACCAAACACGUUUGUAUCAUCAAAAUCAUUUGCUGGAACGCCGGAGUGGAUGGCUCCUGAGUUCUUACGAGGGGAGCGAUCAAAUGAGAAGUCUGACGUGUAUAGUUUUGGAGUAAUUUUAUGGGAACUUGUGACUAUGAAACAACCUUGGAGUGAACUUAGUUCAGCUCAGGUAGUUGGGGCUGUUGCAUUCCAGAAUAGAAGGCUAACUGUCCCUCCUAAUACCUCACCCAUAUUGACUUCACUCAUGGAAUCUUGCUGGGACGACGAUGCAAGGAAUAGGCCAUCAUUUGGUAGCAUAGUGGAGACACUAAAGAAACUGCUAAAGUCUCCUUUACAGCUGAUGCAGAUGGGAGUGCCUCCAACUCAUUAGAAU